GUUGCCUGGAUACUUACAGAAGCCAGUUGGCUCCACCACGCCUGCUUUCUUCAGCUACUGACUUUUGUUACUGCUUCUGUCGUUUGGAGGGGAGCUCAAGGGCAGGAGGUGUUGCCAUGGAUGACCAACAAUGGGACUUUUGAAGUUUGAGCAGCUACUGAGCUCUGACACUUUUUUGUCAAAUAAUAUUGUGGCCUGUGAGACAUAUUGUAGGCUGACGUGCUGUCUGAAAUUACGACAGUACUUUGACCUCCAAGGAUCAAAAAAAGCAUCGCUCUCAGAUGGAGCUCUAUCAAGCUAAUGUGUGACCAUGGAUUACGAAGAGGUGUGCACACAGCUGGCCCAGAUUUCUGUGCGUCUUCAGGAGGAUGGUGUAUCCGCGGGUGCCACCGCAGAGGAACGCCAGUGCCACUUGUGGCGGAAGCUGCUCCAAUGUGAGGCCCAGUUUAAAACAGCCAAAGAGGAGCUGCAGGUCAUACGCACUCAGCAGACAAGCGAGAUGAAGGAGGUGGAGAGCUAUGUUGCGCACAUCCGUGAGCUUCUGGAGGAGCGAGAGUGUCUGACUGCAGAUUACGAGAGAGACAAUGAACAGCUCCGCCUGGAACUCCACCAGCUUAGACAACAGCAAGAGAGCCAGAGCAAGGAGAUGGAAGAGCUUUUGGCCCAGGAGGACUUGGGAGAGAUGGGCUUGAGCAGCCCCAGUGAGCAGGUGGCUUAUUUACUGGUGGAACGGGCCACUCUGCUGGAAAGACUGGAAGCUGCUGAGCGGAGGCUGGACAGUCGGAGUCUAACCGACAACUUAACAGAGAUCCACCUCCAGGAGGAACUGGAACACAUCCGUCGGACAAUGGGGGAGGAACUGCGUCACAAGAGGGAAGAUAUACAGAAGACGACUGAUGAUAUAAACAAGAGUUCAUCCCAGAGUGCGUGGAAGAAGCUGUUUGGGCUGCACAGGUCUGCUCAGAGCAAACACAGUGUCACUCCUGCCCACACUGAGAUUUCCCGGGAGAGGAUCGAGCAGCAGCGGCUGGAGCGAGACCUGGAGGAAGCAUCAAGGAGGCUGGGGAUGGCGCAUCAGGACAUCCGCAGACUCACCAAUGAACUGGAUGCUGCCAGACGCAACAACCUGGAACGGAGCGGAUCUGACCUUCAAGGGACGUUCCAAGAAGUAGAGAACUUGAGAGAAGAAGUGGACAAACUAAAACACUGUGACAUGAUGAAGCUUCAGAGAGCUAAAGAGGAGAAUGAGAUAUUACAUGCUGAAAACAGAGUUCUGAGGGACAGAGUGCGCACUUUGGAGUGUGAGAAGAAAAGUGUUCUGGAGUCAGCAAAGAAAGAUUCCGUCCAAGAUCCUUCAGGCAAAGAUGAUCAAAAGAACAGUGGGAGUGACCGGGCAAACAAUGUGUCUGAUUUGUCAUCUGAAGAAAAGGAUCAAAUCCAUAAACGGUGUCGCGAGGCAAUGGAAGACGGCCUUGUACAGGUGAAGGAGCUGCAAAGGCAACUCCAGAGACAGCGUAAGGAAAAGGAGGAGCUGGAGGAGCGUAACGAGGAGCUGGAGGCUCUGCUUGGGGAGACCCAGAAUGCCAGCAAGGAGGAGAGGCAUCGCCAUGAGGGGGAACUGGAGGGACUGCACAGGAGGAUCAAAAACCUGGAGGGGGAGCUGAAGAAACAUGAUAUACAGGGUAAACUACUGAAGAAUGGAGAAGAGGUGAAAACAACUGAAUCAUACCUGCAGCUGCACCUAAGGGACAGUAGUCAGGAGAGACUGGCUCUGUUAGAGGCUCGUCUGACUGAGGAGAAGGACUGGAGAAAACAGCUGGAGGUCGACCUUGGUGCUGCUCAGACUGCUUUAAAAAAAGACAAAGAGGCUUUGCAGAUAGGCGAGAGAGAGUUGAAGAAACUGAGACUUGAGGUUAAAAGUCUUCAAACAGAAUGCCAACAAGGAAAAACGCUCAUCAAGAGCCUGACCCAGGUCAAGGGGGAAAAGGCUGUUCUGGAGGAAAAGAUGGCCCAGUUGGAGCGCGCCCACAGUCGUCUGCAGACUGAACUGGAACAUUACAAGAACGCUGAUCAAACCCAUGAUGAUCUGAAGGAAAACAAGUUGCAGGUAAACCAGCUGCAGGAACAAGUGGACCAGCUGACUGCUGAACUGACUGCCCUCCAGGCGGCGCACAGCACACUGAGGGAAGAGAUGGCUGCAGAGCGACAGCAGAGCGUCGAGCUCCAGGCCAAGCUCAGCUCAAGUGUUCAGGCGAAGCUGGCGGCUGAGGGAGAGAGAGAGAGACUGAGUUUGGAGGUGCAGCACCUCCGUCAGCAGCUCCUGUUGCAGCAGGAGCAGAACACCGCUACAAAACAAGCACUUGAUAGGAGCCACAGCUUGGACCUUCAGAAAGCUCAGUCACAAUCCACGCUUGGCGCAGUAGGCCAGACAAGCGAUGAAAGCUUGGAUCAGCUUUCAUGUGUGAAGCAGGAGCUGAGCCACCUUCAGAUGACGCUGGAGGAGCGACAGCUGGCGUCUCAGCACCAGCUCGCUCUGCAGGCACAGGUCAAUGAAGCCCAGGCACGCAUCAAGUUGCAGGAUUCGGUGCUGAGUCAGAAGGCAGAGGAAGCCAAACAGCUGAAGCAGGACGUGCAGAGGGCACAGAGCCUGUUCACCUCGGCUGAGAGAGAGCUGCGCUACGAGAAGGAGAAGAACACGGACCUGAAGAGACACAACACGCUGCUGGAACAGGAGAAACUGAAGCUGUCUGCAGAGCUGAAGCAGGUGCAGACGAAGCUGGCCCAAGCGGAGCAGCGUGUUCAGACUCAGGUGGCUGAUAUUGAACGCCAACAACACAGGAUCAGGGAUCUGGAGCUGGAACUGGUGCGCAGCUCCACAACCCGCAGCUCCACCACCAGUCUGCAGGAGGAGCUGCAGGCUGAGAGGGCUCGACUCAUAGCUGCUGACAAGAAGGUUUUGGAGCUCCAGCAGCAGCUGAAGAGCACCCAGCAUCAGCUGCGAGUGGAGGAGGCUCGAGCUGAGGAGAGCAGCCGCCUGGAGAGAGACAGCAGGGACCUAUCUGACACCCUGUCAGCCCUGAGAGCCCAGCAACAGGAGGAGCACAUUGCUAGGAAGCUGCUGGAGCAGCGGGAAGAGGAGCUCCAGCAGCAAGUACGCUCCUUCAGGCUGAAGGAGGUCUCCUUGACCAGGACAAACUCUGAGCUCAGUCACCGUGUCCAGCAGCUGGACACACGUCUGACCAUGCAGGAGGCUGAGCUCAGCAAGGCCAGAGAGCAGGGCAGAGAGAGCCAGACGUUGAGCCAGUGGCUGCAGGAGGAGCUGUCAGCCAGUCAGCAGGAGUCCAGCGGACUACAGGAGGAGCUGCAGCAGGUUCUCCUCCAACUGGACACGCACAUCAGGAAAUACAACGAGAAGCAGAAUCAGCACAAGUCGAAGCUGCGUCAGGCCAAGCAGGUCUUUCUGAAGGCCAUGGCACAGCGGGACCGCACCAUCCAGAAACUGGAGAAUGAUCUGGUACUGACCUCCAGCCUCGCACAGAAGGAGAAGGAGUGGAUCCAUACAGUUACAGAGGAGAAUGAGAAGCUUCUGGAAGAGAGGAGGGAGCUGUUACAUAAGAUAAGUGAGGCUGAAGAAAUGGGCAGCAGUGGCAUGAGGACUGCCUCCGCCGUCCAACACAGGGUCAGCGUCUUAGAAAUGGAGAACAGACAGCUGCAGGAGCGUACCCUGAAGCUCUCCAAUCAGGUCAGCUCACUAGAGCGUGCCCUGAGGAACGCCCAGUCAUUAUAUGGCCAAGAGAAUGCCAAAAUGGCGGUUCCCUCUGCAAGCCUGUGUGAUGGCGUCCUGCAUGCGUCCUCGCUAAGUCUCACGUUAGGAUCCUGUGAUGCGCUGGACAUCCUGGAUGCCAUCUACCAUGUGAAGGCAGAAGAUUCCACGACGGCGGAGAGCGUCCGAGCGUCUAUUGCCACACCUCCCCCUCAGCCAUUAGAGCAGGGCUACCUGAACCUAACCUCCCCUGCGGUUCCUCCAGGUACCAGACGCACAGAGGAGAGUAUGGGUAAUGGUGACGAGGUAUGAGAGGAGCUUAAUUAGUGUGAGGAGGACAACUGCAAAGUGAACCAAACGAAUUCAGUCAGCACUCUCAUGUUUGACAAAAAAUCAUAACAAAGGAGUUGUCUUCAACAGACACUCGAGGUUACAUUUGGAAGUGCAACUCGUGCACAGAUGCUCCAAUUCACCAAGUAACUAAUUUGAAUGAGCACGCUGCAACCAAUCAGAAUGCGUGUGGGUAGAGAAUCUCUUUGAUGGACGUAGUCAUUAGUUUGUUUGUUGGAGAAACAGAUAAUUACUUCAGAACUUAAUGUGUUCUGAUUCUCAGUGAACAAGGCCGAACCUGAAAUACGAGAAUCCACAAAAUUAUCAAGAUAAAGGCACAGAGCCAGAAAAUUAUCCAAAAAUAUUUUUUACACUAGAACAUGGUGUAUUGUAGGUAUGUACUCAAAUAAGUGCCCUUCUACUUUUUUUUUUUCUUUUUUAAUAGUACAUCUUCAGCAUUGUACUCUUAGAGUACUAGAAAUGUCAAAGAUAUUGCAGGAGGGACAACUUAAUGAGACCAGUUUAAAAGAAGCACUUUAUAAAUAUUUUACAACCCCUGGCAAAAAUUAUGGAAUCACUGGCCUCGGAGGAUGUUCAUUCAGUUGUUUAAUUUUGUAGAAAAAAGCAGAUCACA